AGCAGACGAAAGAACAAAUAAGCGUUAAUAUAAAGAAAACGAAAGAACUAAUUAGGUGAAUUUAAAGAAAGCAAGAUUGUGGAACGAUCGGCCAUGGACGAACAAGAAGAGAAAAAGCAGAGAACAAGACAAUCUUCAUCUACAUUGAGGACAAGACAAUCUUCAUCUACAUUGAAAACAAGACAAUCCUCACAUGGUAAUCACAAAUCUCAGUCAAACUCGAUUCCUUUCGACAUAACCUUUGAGAUACUCUCAAGACUUCCUGCCAAAUCAAUCGUGAGAUAUCGCUCCGUCUCUAAGCUCUGGUCGUUCAUUACCACCACACCAGAGUUCAUCAAGACUCGGUCCAAGAAGACAUCACCACCGUGUGUUCUACUAAUCUUCCGAAAACACGACAAGCUGAUUGUGUUCUCGUCCCCGCAACACAAGAAUACUUAUUCUUAUGUGGAAGAUUAUCACAUCGAAAUCCCCAAGAAUGGUUUCAUCCGUCGUCUUGAUUCCGUUCACGGGUUGAUUUGCUUUGAAGGUUCUAAACAGCUCGUGAUUUGGAACCCUACCAUGAAACGAUUCUUUACUUUACCUGAGCCUCAAGGCAACGGAGACGAAUACUACGUAGGAGGGUUUUUGGGAUAUGAACCGGUUGAGGGUAAAUACAAAGCAUUGUGCAUUGUCAGAGGAUGGAACACUCAAGUUCUUACAUUGGGAGUUCAAGAAUCAUGGAGAGUAGUAACCAAAGGUGGCUUUUUCCAUUGGCCUACUAAAGACACUGGACGAUGCAUUAAUGGAGUAAUCUACUAUAAAGCGUUUGAUAUGGCUCCAAGGCAUGCUAUAAUUAGCUUUGAUCUCAGAUAUGAAGAGUUUAAACUGAUUGAUUUUCCGAUGCGUGAUUAUGACCGCUUUCUUAUGGUCUCUUAUGAGGGAAGGUUGGCUUUGAUAAGUGACACUAGCUCUGUUGUUGAAAUAUGGAGUUUGGAGGAUGCAGGGAAUAAAAAGUGGUCGUAUGGACAGUUUCAUUUAAGUCUUCCUCCUAACAAAUAUCUGAAGUGGUUGGAUCUUAGGGGUGUUACUGAUGGUGGUGAGCUUAUUUAUACAGGAGUGAGUUUGAAUGGAUCGUUCUGUGUUGUGUAUUUUGACCCGAAGAAAAGCAGUAUAAGAGAGACUAAGUUUCGAGGAAUUACGGGUAACGAGAUUUGGCAACCUGAUAGACUUGGAUUUGAUCUUGUGAAUGACUUUUAUGUUUUACCAAAUCACAUUGAGAGUUUCAUUUCAUUUUAAGAGCUUUCAUGAGUGUUCUUUAAAUCCUUUUUGUAACCACUGAUUGAUUGA